UUGUGACAGAUAGAAGACUUCUUUGUAGACUUCAUUUCAAUCAGAGCAGUUCACUUCUCAGUCGCCUUACAUGAUUUCCAAUAUGAUCAUUUGUAGCUUAUACAAGCCAGGCAUGGUUCUUCUUACUGUGCUUUUCCCAUGCAUCAUUUCCACAUACUCGGCAUCAGUCAAAGGCCACAAUACUGGUCCACGAAUAAACAACGACAAAUUAUAUAAAUUUGCCUAUUCUACCCAAGUUCUUAUUGACAGAGUGAAAAGUUUACCUCAGGAGAGUGUGGGCUAUCGAAUUUCAUCUGAAGUGGAUGUCAACCUAGUAUGGAGAAACCCCAAUAAUGAUGAUGAUCAGUUGAUCAAAAUUGCGAUUACAGAUGUAACAAUUGAAAAUGUGAAUGAGCGUCCUAUAACAAAAGACAUUUUUCGGCAAAAAAACUCAGAUAAACUAUUUGAAGAAGAGCACCUGGCUGCUUUAAAAAGGCCUGUAUUUCUGCACUGGAUUCGUGGAAAGAUUAAAAAUUUCUACUGCUAUGAAGAUGAACCUCCUGUUAUCAAAAAUCUCAAGAGAGGCCUGGCUAGUUUGUUUCAAAUACAGCUGAAUUCUGGUGCUGCCAGUGAGAUUGAUAUCUGUGGAAAAUGCAAUGUUACUUACCAGGCUCACCAGAAUCAGAUCACUAAAAUUAAAGCCUUGAACUCUUGCAAGUUAGAACGGCCAAGUGUAACCAGCUACGAUCAGCUCUUUGAGGUGAAGAAAAAAUCCACUUCAGCUUUAAUUUAUAUACUGGAGGAUACCUUCAUUAAAUCUGUGCGGGCUGAAGAAAAUCAUAUUUUUAAUUUGAAAUCUCUGCAACAUAUUGAUGCAAAAGUAGUUUCAAAGCAGAAACUGGAACUGAAGUCAACUGAAGCUGGCCCGAGAAUGAAGGCCGGGAAGCAAGCUGCCAGCAUUAUCAAGGCUCUGGAUUCAAAUUAUGUUGCAAUUUCAUUGGUGGCAGAUCCUGUCUCCCAUGAAUGCAAAAGCUGUCCCUCACUCUUUCAGCAGUGGAUCGCCAUCCGAAAAAAGCUUGAACCAGAGAAUCUUUCAAAAGCUGAUGCUGCAAAAGGAUUUUUGGCUUUUAUUAAGAACCUGAAGAAAGCAACAAAAGAAGAAAUCUUUCAGCUACUGAGAAAUGAAAAUAAUACAGAAAUCCUUCCUCAGCUAGUUGAUGCUGUGGCCUCCACACACACCUCAGCCUCUCUGGAAGCGAUGCUGGAUUUUCUGGAUUUCAAGAACAAGACCGGAUCUCUGCUUCAGGAACGGUUCCUCUAUGCAUCUGGUUUUGCUUCUCACCCCAACGAGUUAUUACUCAGAUCUUUAAUUAAUACAUACAGGAGCCCAAUUGGUAAUGGUGAAAUCAGAGAAAUGGUUAUUAUUAUUGCUGGAGCGCUCAUCAGAAAGCUGUGCAACGUGGGAGGCUGCAAACUGCCCGCUGUUGUGGAAGCCAAGAAACUGAUAUUCCAAGGCCUGAACAGGGCAAAUAAAGCUGAUGAUGUGAAGAUGUUCCUUUUGGCACUGAAGAAUGCCCUUUUGCCAGAAGCUGUUCCUAUGCUGUUGAAAUAUGCUGAGUCAGGAGAAGGACCUAUCAGCAACAUUGCUGUUACUGCUCUACAGAGAUAUGAUCAUUCAUCCAUCACUACCGAGGUGAAGAAAACCAUGAACAGGAUUUAUCACCAGAAUUAUAAGGUUCAUGAGAAGACUGUACGAACCACAGCUGCUGCUAUUAUCUUCAGCAGCAAUCCUUCCUUCAUGGAAGUUAAAAACCUCCUUCUCUCCAUUGGAGAACUGCCACUGGAAAUGAAUAAGUACAUGCUUUCACUAGUCCAGGACAUUCUACGUUUCGAAAUGCCUGCCAGCAAAACGAUCCGUAAAGUUCUGAAGGACGUGUUGAUUCAUAAUUAUGACCGAUUUUCAAAAAUGGGUUCUUCUUCUGCCUUCUCUGGUUACCUAACACGUGGCCGAGAUUUAUCAUCUACAUACAGCCUUGAUAUACUGUACUCUGGCUCGGGCAUUUUAAGAAAAAGCAACAUGAAUGUCUUUGUUUUCAGUAAAUUUGCUCAACUUCAAGCCAGCCAGGUGGUAAUUGAAGCUCAAGGCCUGGAAUCCCUUAUAGCUGCAUCUGCAGAUGAGGGCGAAGAAAAUCUUGAAUCCUUUGCUGGCUUGUCAGCAAUCAUGCUUGAUGUUCAGCUCCGGCCAGUUACCUUUUUCCAAGGAUAUAGCGAUUUGAUGUCUAAAAUGUUCUCAGCCACUGGAGAUCCCAUAAAUGUAGUUAAAGGGCUCAUCCUUCUGAUGGAUUUCUCACAGGCUAUCCAGCUGCAAUCUGGGCUGAUCUGUAGCACUGAAUUCCAGGGAGGUAUAACUGUUGAUGUAUCAGGAGGAAUGGAAUUCAGCCUUUGGUACAGAGAAUCCAAAACAAAAGUUAAAAAUCGGGGAGCUGUAGCUAUAGUUGGUAACAUUGCUGUGGAUGCUAUGUUUGUGAAGGCUGGCAUGGAAACCACUUCUGAAAUUGAAGCAACAUUGGAUUUCAUCACCACAGUGAAAUUUUCACAAUACCCGUUUUUAGUCUGCAUGCAGAUGGACAAAACGGAAAGUCCAUUUAGGCAAUACCUAACGAAAUAUGAAAGUCUUCCUUCUGGAAAACCGUAUAUCUCUCGGAAAGGAAAAGUGAGCUUGCUGGCAGGUUCUGAAUAUCCCCUUCACCAAGAAAACUCCCACACGUGCAGGGAAGUUUUCAGCGACCAAUCUGAUUCCUCUGAAAGUUGGUUUUGAAAUAGGCAUCUGAUCUUGCAUUUGACUAAAAGCCUAGCUGAUUCUGGCUCUAAGUUCUGCUGCCAUUGUUUAGGGCCUAAAUAUAUAAUUUACAAGUCUAUGAGAACUUUGUUGUAUCAAACUUUAAUAGACCCAGGACUGAGUCUUGUGCACUGUGUUUACAUAUUUACAUAUAUUUAAAAGAUUCAUUUUUUGUUUUGUUGUAACAAGCUAGGAAUACAACUUGUUUCAAAUCCAGGUGUUCAUUGAGGACCCAUUAGAUGUGAUAGAGCAUAACUCUGCUUGGAUCUCUUAAGAACAUUUUCUUUUGUUUAAGAGGAAAAAAAAUAACCUGGGGGAGAGAUACUUGAUGGAACAGAAGUUCCUCAUUGCCUCUGUAAUUUAAACUCACUCCCUACACCUCAUUCAGAAGUUGUUGUUAGCCUUGGACAGGAAAAAAAAAAUACUGUAUUUGUUCUUUUACCUCUCUGCACCUAACAGCAAUUUCAACAGCAACAGCAAUUUCAGUGAUUUAACAGCAGUAACUUUAGAGCUGCACAACCGGAAAAGUGUAUUUUCUUUCCCUUCCUCAGGGUCACAGGGAUCAUUGAGAAGUUUGUUUAAUUCUUGUUUGACUGCAAACUUUUCUAGUUUUUCAGGCCAGGCAAAAUCGCAAAGAAAUCUGCUUGGAGAAAUGUGUAGUACAUUUCAUUGUAAAUGCAUACAAAUUAAAAUGCAAAUUUUAGUGCAAA